AUGGCAAGCUCGCCGGAAAGCGUCGUCCGGUUCGUCGGCAUUGCAUGUCUUCUAUUCGCCCUCUCUGCGACCGCUGCCCCACCCCGCCGGCCCCGCAAGGCUGGCGUCUCGGGAGUGAGCUACGAUGGCCGAUCCAUCAUGAUCAAUGGAAGGAGAGAGCUUUUCUUCUCCGGGUCCAUCCAUUACCCACGCAGCACCCCAGAGAUGUGGCCGGAUCUCAUCCAGAAGGCCAAGCGUGGAGGGCUGAACGUGAUCCAAACCUACGUGUUUUGGAAUGUUCACGAGCCUGUGCAGGGCCAUUUCAAUUUCACUGGGAGGUAUGACCUAGUGAGAUUCAUCAAGCUGAUCCACAAGCACAAAAUGUAUGUGACCCUUAGACUUGGUCCUUUCAUUCAAGCAGAAUGGAAUCAUGGAGGGUUCCCAUACUGGCUGAAAGAGAUCCCUGGAAUUGUCUUCCGAACAGACAAUGAACCCUUCAAGUACCAUAUGCAAAAUUUUGUAACAAAAAUCAUGGACAUGAUGAAGAGUGAGAAGCUAUUUUUUCCUCAAGGAGGUCCCAUUAUUCUAGCACAGAUUGAGAAUGAAUACAACAUGGUGGAAGCUGCAUACAGAGAAGAUGGGCUGAAAUAUGUUCAGUGGGCAGCCAAUUUGGCUCUAGGGUUCAAUGCUGGAAUACCAUGGGUGAUGUGCAAGCAAAAGAAUGCUCCUGGACCAGUGAUCAAUGCGUGCAAUGGAAGGAACUGUGGAGAUACUUUCACUGGUCCUAACAGUCCAACCAAGCCCAGCAUCUGGACUGAGAACUGGACUGCUCAGUACAGAGUAUUUGGUGAUCCACCAUCUCAAAGAUCAGCCGAGGAUAUUGCAUACUCUGUCGCACGCUUCUUCUCAAAUAAUGGCGCACUCGUGAAUUACUACAUGUACCAUGGAGGAACCAAUUUCGGGAGGGAAGGUGCUUCAUAUGUGAUGACUCGAUAUUAUGAUGAAGCCCCUCUUGAUGAAUAUGGUUUGCCCAAGGAGCCUAAGUAUGGGCACCUGAGGGACCUGCAUCAAGCAUUGAAAUUAAGCAGGAAGGGUUUGCUUUGGGGGGUCCCCUCUGUCCAACCCUUGGGUCCAGGAUGUGAGGCAAGGUUGUAUGAGUCUCCUGACAGCAAGGUCUGUGUUGCUUUCCUCACCAACACCAACCCAAGAACAGAUGCGACAGUGAACUUCAGAGGUGUAAACUAUUUCCUGCCUCGCCGUUCCAUCAGCAUCCUUCCAGAUUGUAAGACUGUGAUCUUCAACACUCAGAGGGUGAAUGCUCAGCACAAUUCAAGGACAUUCCAUGCGGCAGGUGAAACAAACAAGAAUGACAAAUGGCAUAUGUUCCAAGAACGUAUACCAAAAUUCCGUAAUACUCGUAUUAUUUCAUCGAAGCCCUUGGAACUGUAUAACAUGACCAAAGACACCACAGAUUAUAUGUGGUAUACCACCAGGUUCAGAUUGGAGGAUGAGGAUUUGCCCAUGCGCCCAGACAUUCGCCCUGUGCUCCUAGUGUCAAGCCUUGGCCAUGCAAUGCAUGCCUUUGUCAAUGGCAUUUACAUAGGAUCUGGAAAUGGAGCAAAACUCGAAAAGAGUUUUGUCUUCCAGAAGCCCAUGGAACUAAAACGAGGAGUCAACCACAUUUCUAUCUUGGGCCUGACAAUUGGAUUUCCGGAUAAUGGAGCAUACUUAGAACAUAGACUUGCUGGCAUUCACACUGCUGCCAUCCAAGGUCUCAACACUGGGACUCUGGAUUUAUCACAAAAUAAAUGGGGGCACGAGGUUGGAAUGAAAGGAGAAAAGUUGGGCAUCUUCACUGAGGAGGGAUCCAAGAAGGUUCAGUGGACGGAAGCAAAGAAUGACAAGCCAGUGACAUGGUACAAGAGGUACUUUGAUAUGCCUCGUGGAAACGAUCCGGUUGCUCUAGAUAUGACCACCAUGGGGAAAGGACUUGCAUGGGUCAAUGGUAACUGCAUUGGUCGUUACUGGGUGUCCUAUCUCAGUCCCCUUGGAAAGCCUUCUCAGUCAGUAUACCACAUCCCGCGCGAAUGGUUGAAGCCGAAGGACAACCUUUUGGUCAUCUUUGAGGAGCAUGGAGGGAAGCCAGAGGGCAUACUGAUUGUGACUGUGAAGAGGGACAACAUCUGCACCGUAGUCACCGAGUUCCAUCCUCCUACUAUUAAGUCAUUUUCGAGGGAGGAUAAUGAGAUCAAGACCCUUGUCCAAGAUGUUAAACCAAGGGCUUACUUGAAGUGUGAUGACAACAAGGUCAUCCGCUCCAUUGCCUUUGCCAGCUUUGGGAACCCUACAGGCGCUUGUGGCAACUUCACUGUAGGAACCUGCCACUCUCCGCAGGCCGCAAGCGUCGUCGAGAAGGCCUGCUUGGAGAAGAAUUCCUGUGUGUUACCAGUCUCAGCCCAAGCCUAUGGUGCAGACCCUGCUUGUCCCGGAACAACGAGCACUCUUGUUGUCCAAGCUAAAUGUGCUCGGAAGAAGAAGGAUGACAAGGAGUGACUUACUGUUUCUCAUAGUACUUUUGUUGAGGAAUCUUGUAAUGAGAUGUGAAACUGAAAAUGAUCAAAGGCUAUCAUGUAAAAUUUCAUCUUGAACACGAUACUACAGUAGUUGGUGAAUCUAUCUGCUGGCAUAUUUUGCUUCUUUU